AUGGCUCCGAAGGGAAAAGAGAAGCCGAAGCCCUCUGCUUCACAGCCAGCAAUUGCCAUCGAGGAUCUCUUCACCGCUCUCAAUCGUCACAUCGACAGGUCGGAAUUCGAUCAAGCCAUCAAAGUCGCAGAUCAAGUUUUGGCCAUUGCGCCUGGUGAUGAGGACGCGAUUCGAUGUAAAAUCGUUGCAUUAGUUAAGGACGAUAAGAUUGAUGAAGCUCUUUUGGCUAUCAGCGCGUAUUCGAGGAAGUUUCCGAAUGAUUUCAGCUUUUUCAAGGUAAAUAAAGCUUAG